CACAACGCCAAUUGUUUUAUAGCAACACAAUGCAUUAUUGCGAUAGUUAACAUUAAAAUAAAACCUAUAUAGUAUUAUUUAGUGUAGUCAAAAAAUUGCAAUAUGUGGGUGUUUGGUUAUGGUUCAUUAAUGUGGAAAGUCGAUUUUCCAUUUGAGAGAAAGGUUAUAGGUUAUGUUAAAGGGUUUGAAAGGAAAUUUUAUCAGCACAGUGUUGAUCAUAGAGGGACACCAGAAAAGCCUGGAAGAGUUGUCACCUUGAUUCCAGGAGAUAAAGAAGCUAGAGUAUAUGGAAUAUCCUACAAGAUCAGCAAAGAUCAAGUCGAUGAUGUGGUCUCUCACUUGGAUUAUAGAGAAAAAGGGGGUUAUGAGCGUAAAGCAGUAUUAUUUUAUCCAAAAAACGAGAAUGAAGAACCAUUUGAAAUCGUUAUUUACCUGGCAAACAACGAAAAUCCGCAAUAUGCAGGACCUGCAGAAUUAACGGAAAUCGCUAGACAAGUCGUGACUUCUGUGGGUCCAAGUGGGCCAAAUAUCGAUUACGUAUGUAAUUUGGCAAAGAUUAUGAGAGAUAUUCUGCCUGAAAUCGAUGAUGCUCACCUAUUUAGUUUGGAAAAGCAUGUUCUUAAUCUACUGGAUAGAAAACAUUGUGAUAUAUAGCUAAUUAAUAAAGAAAUAUAAUAUAUU